GUCAUAAAUUUGUACCCAAAAUGGCGGCGAAUUUUGAAAAAAUUUGAAAUUCCUUUUUAUUUUCAUAAAUACUCUAUUUUCUUUGUCAUAACUACUACUUUAAAGUGAAAAUGGUGAUAAAGUAAAUUCAGAGGCGGGAAAUGAUAAUAUAUUGAUGACUGCAUUUUGAAAAAAUAAACUUCACCAUGACUGGACGUUCAUAUCCCAACGAUUUGAUAGCUGUUACAUCUGAUGCAGUCAGCAGAUUACUCCAUUCAGAUUCCACGUCUUCUAGAAACAACGAUACAAAGAAAAUGGAGAUAUACGGUGAAAAAAAUGAUGCAGAGAAUAAUAACAUGGAAUUAUUGAAAUCUGAAAGUUUGUCUGAAAGUCAAAAUGCCAGCUAUAACACAUCAACUAGUUCUUCAGCCAGUGAUGUACUAAUUCGGACAACAGAAGUCAGGCCAGCAUCAAAUCCGACUUCAUAUACAAACAGGUCAUCUUCGUUGAAUUCCAGUGGCUUCAGUGACAAUUCAAAACGGGUGAGAGUUAAAACUAAAAAAUUACGGGAAAUAAAAUCUCCUUUUGAAGAUACUCCACUACAGUCAAACGCAAGUGACACAAAUAUCCCUCCACCUUUAUUUAAAACAAACACAACCCAAUCUCAAACAGAUACUGACAAUGACAACAAAGUAACAGGGAGCUAUACAAACUACAGGCUUGGGUAUUCACGCUCCUCUUCAGAUCAGCCAAAACUCCCAAAAGAGCAUAGCAAUAUAAUAUCUGAAAACUUUUCAAAUAUGAAUCCAAAAAUAAUCAACAAGACUAAAGAAGAAAUGAAAAAAGUGCAACCAUCAUCCGGGAGUGCUAACUAUGAUAGUGAACCUAGAAGAGAAGGAAAUGCCACAGGAGUAGAUUUGUCUACAUCAAAGGCAAUUAAUAGCACUCAGAUGAAGUCAAAGCAAGCCACAUCCUUCCCUGAGAAAGAUUAUGAUCAAGCAACAUCAUCUAGUGUUAAUCCAAUGGUUGCUAGAAGAGUGAUUGAUGCACGGAAAUAUGAUGACAGAAAGAGAAGUGAUCAGCCAGAGAUUGUUGAUGUUCAUCCAGAUGAGAUUGUUACAAUACAUGGGGUUAGCCCACCUCCUUCACAGGACACGUCACAAACUUCCCAGAGUUCUCUGUCAUCAGACACUAUCAUCAAAGAUAGAUUCUCCAAGUUUGCUAAAGGGACAUUACAGCAGGGUAGACCAAGAGAGAUUAAAGACUCUUUGAGCCUAGAACCAACCAAAGAGUCAGAUGUACAAAUUCAGCAAUAUAAAUUAUCAGACAAACAGAAACUGUUGAAACAGAGUUUAACGGGAAGGCAAGGGAAUGCUCCUGUAAGGCGAGUUGUUCAGCCGAAAUUAAUAGGUCAAAACUCAUCAGACACUAAAGAAGCCCAAGCUAUCCCAGCAUCCACUAGUUCAAGUACAGCUGUACAUGAAAGUGUGACGGCAGCUGUAGCAGCCACUGCAGCUGUAGCUGUCACUCAACCUUUCAUCAAGGCUCAGCAAGAUCUUGAAACCAGAAUGGCAUUAAUACUAGAAAAAUUGUCUACAGUGAAUAAUCCAAUGUCUCAGUCAGAGGACAAUACUAGCAGUAAACAACAGCAAUUGGAGCACCAAUUGAGCCAAAUCACAGAGAGGAGGCUGGAGUACCUAGAGAAAAUGCAGCAACAAAAUUUUGAAAUUCAGGCCAAAAUUCUGGGACUGAAUCAAACAGAAUCCACUGGCACCAGUACCAAAAAUGGACCAGGACCAUCCAAAGAUCUACCUGACAAUAUGAGACAAUAUGCAGAGCCUAGCAAUGUUGCCAUGCACUCUCACUCUGCCCCUGAAAUGGCCCCCGAAUCAUCUGGCCUUGGACCUAGCCCUACUCAGAGAUUCACCCCCAAGGCAAAAUCUGUGGCCUUUUACAAACAUAAAGUGGAUGAACCAGAGAAACCUUAUGUCAAGUUCACCAAGGCCCAGCCAGUGACAGAUAACCAUGGUACUCAGACAUCUAUACUGGAUACUCCUGCCCCUAGAAGACAACCACCCCAGCCAACUGCAUACACCCAGCACGCAUCCAGUCAGGCCAGGAGACCAAGUAAAGCUAAGGGUAUUCUAGAGGAGAUACUAUCAGAGGCAGGGAAGACACCGGACAUUUAUUCAACUCCAGCUAGCAAACCAAGGGUUUACAAUGAUUCCCCAGAGCGACACAGAUCUAUGUACUCAACUCCAACUGUUAAGAAAUACAAUACAGGGUAUCAGGAUAUAAGGAUGCAAAAUAAAUCUGAAAGUUUGCAAAAUGGCGUUGUAGUUGAUAAAGCUCGGCAUCUGGUGGAGGAUUUGAGUGAACUGAAAAAUCAAAUGAAAGAUAUGAUAGAGAAAAGAGAAACACAGAUUCUUACAAAUGUUACAGCCUCUGGAGUCUCAACUGGGUAUCGACCUGCAUACACUGAUGCUUCAGUCUUAAAACCUGACCCCCAGGAGACACCAAUCAUUCCAAAUGUCCAGUAUGGUGCACCUUUGGAUAAAUAUUUGAAAAAGCCAUUGAUGCUAGACAAUGCUAGUCCCUACCCAACCUUCCAUGAUGUGACGAUGAGCCCUAGUAAAGGUAAUGCCCCUGUGUCUACCAAAUACAAUGACGUGGAACAGAUUCUGGAGCGAGCAGCUAGAACCAAGGAGACUCUUGAAAGAAACCUGGAACAUAUUGUACGAGAAAGAGACAAUGUGGAUAUCUAUGCAUUGCUUGGACAUAUGGAGGACAGUGAUGCUGCUGAGAAACUUCGGAUCCAGAGAUUGGUGGACACUCAGAUAAAUCUGCUAAGUUCACAGAUAGAAGGAGAGGUAAAGGAACAUCUUCAACAGCAACAUUCAAAAGUUUCCCCAAAAGACCCCUCACUUGACAGCACCUCCAUACCAGCCAAAAAAACAAAUACAGUCAUCAGCAAGAAGAAUUGGAAGGCCAAUGUACAGUCAAAAAUUAACACAGGUCUGAGGAACAAAAAAUCUGAUGUUUUAAAGCCUCAAGGGGGAGCCCUGAAGGGGAAGGAAGGGGGCCUCAAGGGGAAAGAGAAUAAACCAGAAGGGACCUUGAAAAAAUCUGUGAACAAGGGAAAGAAGGUUCUAAAGGAUUACAAGGAUGAGGAAUACAUGAAUCGUGUUUAUGGAAAGGCAAUCCACGAAUCACGACGCACAAGCUCAAAGACUCCUUAUAUGCAUUAUCAAACUACACCAAAGCCAAGACUUUCUAGACCUCCGGCAGUGCAAUCAGAUGAGGGUAUUUCAAGGAAAUCGUCCAAGACACAGACUGGUCCAGACAGGAUGAGGGAGAGAGGAGAUGGGGUCAUCAAUCCAGAAAUGCAAUACUAUUUUGACCCUGGAGUACAAAGGACAGGACCUCCCUUACCCCCACCUCUUCAUUCAGCUCCAAUGGCAGGCAAGCUAGUUCCAAUGGCCAUACAACUUGGUGCCCCCAGACAUCUAGGCUCUACUCAACCAGUUGCUAUCACACAUCCUAGACCACCACCUGACCCCAACUCCAAUGUAGGGGUAGUACAUAUACAGGCUGAGGUAGACAAAAAAACAGAUGGACUAACUAUACAGACUCUUCCGCCAGUGGACAUUGACAGUGAGCCUCCCACCUGUGAAGAUAGUUCAGUGCAAUCAGAUCACCCUGCCCAGGCUUUCAACAAUUACAUAACAGUUAAAGACCAGGUUGAUGACUCUCCUAUGCCUCGACAUGCCAAUACAGAUAUGAACGAUGAGGAUAGUUUUGACAAUGAGAACUUUGAGGGAGAAGAUGAAACUCCAGGAAUAACCCUCCCAGGUUAUAGGGUCCCCCAGGGGCAGUAUAAUGGGCCAGAGUUUCCCCCUAGGGUACAUCCACCACCCCCUAGGGAGGUCUGCAUGCCUUCCUCAGACAUCCUGGCUGCUGAUUUAAAGCGUAGAGAUAUGUUGGAGAACAAGGCAGUUGAUUGGAUAGAGCAAGAGUUGCUGGCUCGUCUGGUGACAGAGAUGUACAAUAAACAACCACAGAGGGAUGUUGUGAAUGAUACCAUAGAAACUGUUGAGUCUGAUGACUCUGUUGCUUUUCCAAGUAAAGAAAUCAUUCCUGAGGCAAUCGGGCAAGAUGGUUUGCAGCUAUUCAUAAGCGCUGGACAGCCUGUAGACGAUGGUUUAGUGAGUUCUCUAGUGGAGGAGGUACUAAAUGAAAAAAUACGAACUCUCCUUGGAGAGCGCCAAAAUGAGAGGGUUCCUGUUAAACCCAUCCAAGUUGAAAUUGAGCAAGAUCCUGUGAGGCUGGUGUCUCCAGAACAGGCUGUUCAAUUAGAAACACCUGAAGUUACCCCAAAGUCAUCCCCCGUCCCUACCCCACACAGACAUGUGUCUCCCCCUAUAACUCCAUCUUUGACACCAGAUGGCUCUGUUAGUUGCCAAUCUGAGAUUGGUCUGGGCACAGAACUUAUGACAACUAUGGAGCAGACACUUCCAGGAGAAGUAAGUAUUGUAGCUGAAGAAGAAGAGUCCCUACUUAUAUCCAGACAUGAUAUCCUGACCCCUACAAUAACACCUCCUCCCCCUGGUCCUAGCCCCCCACAGCCACCCACCCCCACUCCAACACCCUCUCCAACUCUGAGUCCUAGAUCCCCCACCCCAAGGCCAAAGACACCCCUGAAGGCUAGUACCCCUAGUCCUAUCCCAUGGGGUGACCCUGACUCCCCCCUUUCAGAGGCCAACCCCCACCAUGAUACCAUUGAGGAAGAGCCCCCAACUCCAUCAGAAAAAACUGAAGAAUCUGUGGCUGUCAGUGAGGAACCCAUCAUUAUAGAACAAGAAGAACCUGUCUCCCCUGAGCCAGUACAACCUCCCACCCCUGUGGUAAUGAAACCUGACACCCCUGAACAUUCCCCCUCUACCUCGGAAGAUUCCCCCAUAUCUGACACUGAGGGAUUGAGUAUAUCUGAGGGCCAGUGGCUAGUCAGUCGCAGUGAAGGGCAGGUCCCAGAUUUUAAAGAUUACUCCAGGCCCCCUGCUGUGAAUGUCAGUCAAACCAGCACUCUUGCAGACCUCGAUCAGGAUCUGAGUGAGAUAUCUGCAAGCGAGGGAGAGAUCAUCCACCAUACUGUACCAGACCCUGUGUUAUCUCUACUACAUAAGAUGAAACAACCCAUACACUUUGGUGAUGGUUCUACCAGCCCUGGUGAGGUUGGACCAUCUCCCGAGGGAGCAGACUUGGGAAGACAGGGAGCAAGCCCAGGCAGGCAGAGAGAAGACUUGAGAAGAAAGGGAGCUGGUAUCAAACGACAGGAAUUGAAUGAUGAAAAUGUAGAUCAGGAUUUGAGAGGAUCUUAUGAAGAUCUAGCACCUCUCCCAAGUAAUGUUAUUCAAGUUGUGUCAAGUGAGGACAGAACAAUGAAACUGGGAGAUCUAGAGGAAAAGGAGAGAACAUUGACAGGUCCUCAACCAAAAACAGAAAAUACAGGUAAAAUGGGUGCAACAAUGAGUGACCAAGGUACAAUGAAGCAAGACCCGUAUGGCACUAGAACAAUGAGUGAACAGGGUACAACUAAAGCAGACCUCUAUGGCUAUGGCACAAGAACAAUGAGUGAUAUGGACACAAGAACAAUGACACCAGAUCAGAUAAACAUUGACACACUUUUACAAGCUGGCUAUCUCUCCAGAACAUUCAGUGAUACAGACUAUGGGGGCACCCAGACCAUGGAUAGAACUGGGACAAUGAAUACAAUGGGCCAGAGUCAGACAAUGGAUCAGAGUCAGACGCUAGGACAAAGCCAAACAAUAGAUAUGGGUGCAACUGGUGGAAGUACUCUUAAUAAAAUGGGUUUCAAUAGAACAAAUGAGCAAACAUUGAAUACUACUGGCCACACAGACUUACAGAUGAGUGUAGACAGUAUAGAGGCUCAGAGGAUUGGAAAGAUGAGUGCACAAGCUCAGGAACAUCAGGACUCUAAGCCAAUGAUUCUAUCAGUGAAUAUCCCAUCAGUUGCUGGUACUGGGACAGAUGGAUCAGAAACUGUCAGUGAUGUGUCUGAGAUAUCUGGGGGUGAAUGGUAAUCCCUUCCCCAGGCAUGGAAUUUACCACUCAUAGUAGUGGAGUAUUUCUUAGCCCUCCAAUGGUCAGGUGUUUGAAUAUCUGAGACGUGUCAAUUAUCAGGUCAUUUUUAACAUAGUUAACACUGGUGGAUCCAGAAGCUAACAAGGG